AUGGGAUAUGUGACUGUAAUUUCUUCAAGCAUUGUUCGACCCCAAAACACAAACCAAUCGGGUCAGACAAAGAUCCAUCUCACUCCAUUUGAUCUCAGUUUUCUUCAAAUCGAUUAUCCUACGAGAGGUCUUCUCUUUCCCAAACCGGAUCAAGAUUUCCAUCUCAUCUCUCGACUAAAAGCCUCUCUCUCUCUUGCCUUGGAUAUUUACUUCCCUUUCGCUGGUCGUCUUGUGAAAACGGAUAAUCUUGAAGACAACACGGUGUCGUUUUUCAUACACUGCGAUGGCUCCGGAGCUAGAUUUAACCACGCCGAAGCUAAAUCUAUCUCAGUGAGUGAUCUUCUUCAACCUCAUGGCUGUUUUCCAGAUUUCACAAAGCACUUCUUCCCAGCUGACGACCUCAAGAGCUCUGAUGGCGUCACAGAGCCCUUGCUUGUUAUACAAGUCACUGAGAUGAAGGACGGAGUCUUCAUCGGUUACUGUUACAACCACAUGGUGGCAGACGGUGUUUCCAUGUGGAGGUUCUUGCACACUUGGUCCGAGAUUUGCUCGAGCGGUUUAGCUUCAGAGCAUUCCCCUCUUGUUCUAAAAAAAUGGUUUCUCAAAGGGAUUGAUUACCCGAUCCACAUUCCGGUUUCAGAGGCAAAGAGGCCACCACCAAGCUGUGAACUCUCUUCCGUGCCCAUCACGAAAGAUAGGGUUUUUCGCUUCUCAAAGAAGAAUAUCUCAGAUCUCAAAGCUAAAGUCAACAGCGAGGUUGGCUCCACUGAGAUGAAAAUCUCAUCUCUACAAGCGGUUUCAGCGCACAUGUGGAGAUCAAUCAUCAGACACAGUGGUCUGAGCCGAGAGAAAGAGACGCAUUGCAAAGUAGCGGUUGACUUGAGGCAGAAGGUAAGUCCUCCGCUUGAGAAAGACUGUUUUGGGAACAUGAUUUAUAAUGCACAAGCCACAACCACCGUGGAGGAGCUCCUAGAUCAUGGCUUGGGUUGGGCUGCUAUGCGAAUAAAUAAAUUAGUGAGCUCUCAAACGAAUGAAAAGUUGAAAUCUUUUGCAGAGGAUUGGGUUAGAAAUGUAAAGAACCUAAAAUCAGGCCUUUGUAGUAGAAAGGAUUGUGAUACUUUGCUUGUUGCAAGUUCUCCUCGGUUUGAUGUGUACAACAACGAUUUCGGUUGGGGAAAACCGAUUGGGGUUCAAGGUGGACCGGGCAAUAGCUUUAGUGGCAAACUUGCACUUUUUCAAGGAAUCGAAGAGGGAAGUAUUGAUGUUCAGACGACCCUAUGGUCUGAUAUACUAGUGAAGCUACUAGCCGAUAUGGAAUUCUUAGAGCAUGUGACCACUGAAUGA